AUGUCCAGGGGCCACUACACACCCAGCCUACCCAGACCACAUGUCCAGGGGCCACAGGCCACUACACACCCAGCCUGCCCAGACCCCAUGUCCAGGGGCCACAGGCCUACCAGGACCCCCAGACCACUACACACCCAGCCUGCCCAGACCCCAUGUCCAGGGGCCACAGACCUACCAGGACCCCUGACCACUACACACCCAGCCUGCCCAGACCCCAUGUCCAGGGGCCACAGACCACUACACACCCAGCCUGCCCAGACCCCAUGUCCAGGGGCCACAGACCUACCAAGACCCCCUGACCACUACACACCCAGCCUGCCCAGACCCCAUGUCCAGGGUCCACAGGCCACUACACACCCAGCCUGCCCAGACCCCAUGUCCAGGGUCCACAGACCACUACACACCCAGCCUGCCCAGACCCCAUGUCCAGGGUCCACAGGCCACUACACACCCAGCCUCCCAGACCCCAUGUCCAGGGGCCACAGACCUACCAGGACCCCAGACCACUACACACCCAGCCUGCCCAGACCCCAGACCCCAUGUCCAGGGGCCACAGGCCACUACACACCCAGCCUACCCAGAUCCCAUGUCCAGGGGCCACAGGCCACUACACACCCAGCCUACCCAGACCCCAUGUCCAGGGGCCACAGGCCACUACACACCCAGCCUACCCAGACCCCAUGUCCAGGGGCCACAGGCCUACCAGGACCCCCUGACCACUACACACCCAGCCUGCCCAGACCCCAUGUCCAGGGGCCACAGGCCACUACACACCCAGCCUACCCAGACCCCAUGUCCAGGGGCCACAGGCCACUACACACCCAGCCUACCCAGACCCCAUGUCCAGGGGCCACAGGCCACUACACACCCAGUCAGGGAUGGAAAUGA